UUGGCGGGGCUUCUGCUAGCAGGUCCUCUCCGGGUCCCGCCAGAGCUGGAACGAGGGACCCGUGCGCCCCGCCCCCGAGGCCCCGCCCCGUCCCGUCCCAGCCUUACUAGCCGGAGGUCCAGCGGCCCCGGAGGCGGCCGGCCGGGCUGGGCCGCGCGAUGUCGCAUGGAUCGGGGCUCAUCCGGACCACGUGCAGCAGCGGCGGGGCGCCGGGGCCGGGCCAGCCCUCCGAGGGACUUCUGGACCCGGUGUACCCGCGCACCUACGGCGCCCUGCUCAAAGUGGCGCAGAUGGUCACCCUGCUGAUUGCCUUAAUCUGUGUGCAAAGCACCUACUGGACCGACUAUGGCGCCUACAAGUUCUUUCAAGUCGUCACCAUCUGCGACCUGAUAAUGAUCCUCACUUUUUACCUGGCCCACCUCUUCCGAGUCUACCGCGUGCUCACCUGCAUCAGCUGGCCACUGUCGGAAUUCCUCCACUAUUUAAUCGGUACUCUGCUCCUUCUCAUCGCCUCCAUCGUGGCGGCCUCCAAGAGUUACAACAUAAGCGGCCUGGUAUCUGGAGCGGUCUUCGGGUUCCUGGCCAGCUUCCUCUGCCUGGCAAGCCUGUGGCUGUCCUACAAGAUCACCUGCAUAACCCAGGCCUCAGAUGCAUCUGCCUGACGAGGCUGGCCAUAGCCCCUGUUCCACCCCAAAGGACCUGCAGGAUGUAUGGUCAUCCCAGGAGGACCCCAGGCUUGGCUAUGGACUGCUCAGGUGACAAGCCCUGUGCCUUCGCUGGCUUGGCCAGGACGCUGGACUCCGGGGCAUCAAACAGCUACAGCCUCCCAUAGUCUGCGACAGAGAACACUCCUCCAUUCUGGGGCCUUAGCACCACCCGGUACCGAGGACUGCAUGGAGCACAGCAGAGAGCUCUGCAUCUGCCGCAUAGAUGUGCCUUUCUUCAGGAUCUGCCGCAUAGACAUGCCUUUCUUCACACCCUUCAGGACCGAGGCCACCUAGAGCACCCCAGAAACAGCAGACCCUAACCACCUGGCCUGUCAAUCUGGUCUUGAAGAGUCUGCUCUAGGUGAGGAACCAGCGGAAACACUACGUGGCCAUCCUGUUUCUCCUGCCCCCAUCUCUGCCUUUGUCACUGGGUGUGGGUGUGGGUAUGGGGGGUGUGCGUGGUUUUUAAUAAAACGUCCGCCAGUUGCA